AUCGUGUGUUAUGGUUGAAUGGGUGAGAACGUAAAGACGAAUUCCUGGGCCGGCUAUCAUUUUCCUUACCAACAAUCACGGCUUUCACCAUUCCGCGUGGCAAUAUUAACGAGCAAUUAAAGGAAUAUCCAGUGCCGAAAUGCGUUAUCUCUCGGGAACCGUUAAGGGUGCCUGCCUCACCGAUAAGUCGUUACUUAAUUAAGUCACUGCAUCAAGUAUAAAAGUCGUCUACCACGGUGACGUACCACGAAUCACAGAACAGCAAGCCGAACGACAAGCCGAUCAUGUACUCAACGACGGUAUUAUUGGGCCUACUGCUGGCCCUAGCGACUACGGCCCACAGCAUCGCUAUUCAUAAGCCCGACGAGUCGCCCAGCCCAGCUACCAAGGCCGUCGUCAGCACGAACAAUGGCUUCGCUGUACAGAGCGGCUACGAGGGCUACCUCCUGAAUCAACAGAAGACGGGCCACGCCAUCGGUAACUGGCUCGCUUCCCCUAAACUCGGUAUUCUCAAGAGCGUCCUCUUACCGGUCUCGAGCUUCCUUCUCGUCUACGGCGCCAAAACCCUCGGCGUCAUUCUCCACCUUUUGCUGGCGCUCUUCUUGGGAGUUGCGACGACCACCGCUGUUUGCAGCUUCACCCCCCUCUGCACCAUCUCCGUGGCUGGACCUGCACUAUCGAUCUUCAAGGGACAGUCGCUGAAGGAACAAGUGUCGGAGUUGACCCGCACCUACAUGACCCCGAACAACUUGGAAAUGGUGUCAAAAUUCGUGCAGAGCGCACUGGACAAGUACUCGAUAGCUCCGCGCCAUGAAGCGGAGCAACCGGAGCCGAACGUCACGGAGAACGAGACGACGUCAUCGGCAUGAGGGGGCCGAGUACAACGAAUCGUCG